CCGUUUGCCCUUAGGCAAGGCAGUGAAGGGCGAGUGGAAGAAGAUCCGCGACAACUUCCGCGACGCCCUCAAGCGGCAGAAGGGCCUUCGCAGCGGGCAGACGGCCAUCCAGAUCGCGCAGUACAAGUACUACAACCAGCUGAGCUUCCUCAUCCCGUACAUGUCGAACCGGAGCAUCGGCGGGCUGGACGUGGACAUCAAGCCCGAGAUGAACCUGAGCGUCGGCGCGGGCGACGGCGAGGGCGGCGUCGUG